GAUCUAUUCAAGGAAAAACAAUGCUGCUAGUACACGUAGCCUAUUUGAAGGCAAUGCCAUUUUUCUAGAAUUAUACGUUGGAUGCUUUUCUUCUCUGAAUAUGUCUGAUCGUCUCUCUCGUUUUCUAGCAAAGUUACUUCGUCAUGAUGCUCGUCAAAGAGGUCUUGAAGUCUCAACCGACGGAUAUGUCGAGGUGGAAGCCAUUUUAGAACUACCUGAAGCCAACAAUUCCACAGAAGACGAUGUACGCAAAAUUGUAGAGAGAGAUAGAAAAGGAAGAUUCAAAGUGAAAACUAGCAUAUUCAAUAAAUUACAAAUAAAGGCAACACAAGGACACUCCAUGCAGUUAUCAGAUGAGGACCUUACACCCAUUACCCAUGCAAGUGAUGCCCGCGUUGUCCUGCAUGGUUCUCGCAGCCAUAAUUGGGAAUCUAUCAAAACAACGGGUUUGUCAAGAAAAAGAAGGGAUCACAUUCAUUUUGCUCAAGGAGAAAGUGGACAGACAAGUGGGUUUCCUUCUUACUGUGACAUUGCCAUCGAGAUAAACCUGAACAAGGCAUUAAGAGAUGGAUUAAAAUUUUACAAGUCAGAAAAUGAUGUCAUCCUUAGUCCUGGGAAUGCUUCUGGGUUUAUUCCUAAGAAAUAUUUCAAGAAAGCUUACAACAUUCGCACACGAGAAAACUUUUCACUGGACUAGAACAAUACCCAUACAAGGCUUUCGGAUAACAAUGUAACCAAGGGAAUGCAUGUUACUAUGUGUAUUCAUGUACAUGUCCCAUGUGUGUGUGUGUUUUAAAAGUUUAAAUUCCUUUGUAAAUCACGAGUAAGUGAAAAUCACUGUUAAUGUGUUUAUAUUUUAUUGAGGGAUUUUUUUAUGAGUUGUCGACAUCGUAAUAUUUUGCGAUGCAGAUAAUAUGCUGUUUCAAUUACCUUGACAUCCUUCUGUGAUUUGAAGUCUUUCAACGUAUGAAUUAUAGAUAGAUAAUAACCAAGAUUGUAGAUAGAUGAUAACCACGGUUUUUACGCUUCCCCGGCAUUACGAGGAUGUUGUGUGUGUAUACGUCACACAAUUAAUUUACGUACGGAUUUGUGUCCCAUUGAUGCUGAAGUAAUCCUGAAAAGUAAACACCAAUCAAGACAUCUUCAAUUAUGUGUGCGUGCAUUACUAUAAUUCUGUAACUGUGAAUUAAAAUCUAGCUGUACAUUGUGACUUUCUUAUUCUGGUCUGCAGGGAUGCUAGUGAUCCUAAUUCUAUACAUACAUGACCUUUUAUAGUUUUAGAAAAUGUAUUGGUUAUCUAAAAAGUCGUGACAUAUUUUUGGAAACGUUUGGCUAUAAGUGUAAUGAACUAUCAUUGUGAGCAGGGUCGGUUCUAUUUCUGUGCGUGUGCGUGUAUAUCUUAGUAUCUUAGCGAUAAUGAAGUCUGACUGUGAAUUUGAUCACGUUAAGUUGUACUUAGAUUGGUGUUGUAGAUUGAGAGAGUCGUGUUAUCUGCUAUAAUAGGAAUGAAUGAUUGAUAAGUUACAUACAAAGUAUCAUGUAAUUGUGAUUUUUAAAGGAAACAAGGUAAAAUCCUUCAUUUUACACAACUUAUUUCGGUUUUAAUGUUCCCUGCCUAGUGAUUUUAUCCUGUCUUUCACUAGUUUAUCUUUAGUUAAUUUAUAAUAAUUUUGCAAUAAUUUGAUUGUGUGUUUUAUAAAUUGUGUUAAAUAUUUGUUGAUUAACCUGAUUUAUUUGAACGAAUGCUCACCUAAAUAUAUGCUUUCACAAUUAUUCUAUGCAUUUGCUACGGAUUGUUAUACAAUUAAACAGCGUUAAAGAUGUAUUAUAUUUGUCUGAGGUUGGAAAUAUUUGUUUUUGUGUACAUGUAUUUUUUUUAUUUCAAUCUGUUGGAAUAAAUGUUAUCUUAAUGAUGAAUGAUAAUCCAUUUCAACACAAAGUAACGACCUACCUGUUUUAAAAGAAGGUUGAUACAGAAAGCCAGUAUUUACUGUACCAUAUGGACAUUUCGUCCAGUGAGGACUGUCUAUGGUACUGUGGUAGAAACAAUGAACAUUUAGGACCAAACAUAUGUAAGACAUUCUGUAAACUGUCAAAGAUGUUACUGUUUGUGCAUUGGUGUUUAACAGGGAUACUUUUAAUUCAAAAUAAAUAAUCUAUGCCAGAUAGGUAUACAAACCAUUUCAAAUGUUCAUUACAAAGUGAAAUUUGGUGGAAGCGGGGAUAUUAUUUAUGAGACUUUAGUGAUACUGCUAAUUGGUCAAUAUGGCUGUAUAUAUAAAACAUGUAGAUUUAUUUUUUUAUUUAUAUAUAUCCAAAUAUCAUUUAUUCCACUUCUGGAAUAUACAGUAUUACAAUACGACUGCAACCCUGGUUUUAUAGUACUGAGAAUGGUAGAGAGAGGCUUUGUUACACAACUCGAAGAGCAAACGAUAAAACGUUGUUUAUAUGGAAGCAGGUUCGUAUCAAUUUCAUAAGUGGAUAUUCGGAAAGAUUGUAAUACACAAGCUUGAAUUGUUUCUUUCGAAAAAAAUGCAAGUAAUGUAUUAGUGUUUGCAGAAAAAGAUCAGGUUAUUAGAUGUUUUUUUUCUGCGACACAUUACAUGUCCAAAAUGGAGAUCGUUGAGUUUGGCUAGGACAUCGGGUCAAGAAUUUCAGCCCUCGGACCUCCAACCCCCUCGGGCUAAUAUGAAUGGUUGGUGGAGUAUGAAAAUGGGCAUAUUAUAGCCUUUAAGUUUGUUUCUAUGGCUGUCUACAAAAAUGUACCUACACAAGUGUCAUGCCUGAAUUGUACCUUCUUACAGAGAAAUGUUCUAUACAUGCUAUUAUACAAGAACAUUUCACAUUCCCAUGUUGAUUGUUUAAUAAUUAUUGUAUCACUCAAUAAAAAAUUCUAUUG